AUUACACAUUUAUGAAGUCAGUGCCGACGUAUGGCCUUGGUACCAUAGUCUAUUCUUUAUGCUAGCUAGUACUUGUCAAUCCUAUUUGUCUUGUGGAUCAAGCUCUUUCUUUCUAUAUAAAUUGACGUGAAUUAACUCCAAUUUCCCCCACUACUUUUACCUCUAAUUACCUUCUCCUUUUUCAUCCUACAACCAUCUCUCUCUCUCUCUCUCUCUCUCUCUCUCAUCCUACAACCAUCUCUCUCUCCGAAAAUGGAUUCUGCAAAAGAGGACUGCCUUGGAUACGCAGCAAGAGAUCUGUCUGGGAUUUUAUCACCUUUCCAUUUCAGCCGCAGGGCCAUUGGAGUUGAUGACAUUUCAAUUAGUAUUACUCACUGCGGAGUUUGUUACGCCGAAGUCGUGUGGACUAGGAACAAACAUGGAGAUGCAAAGUAUCCUGUUGUGCCUGGGCAUGAGAUUGUUGGAUUGGUGAAAGAGGUGGGGUCAAAUGUGAAGGGCUUUAAAGUUGGGGACCAUGUUGGAGUGGGAACUUAUGUGAAUUCGUGCAGAGAUUGUGAGUACUGUAACGAUGGAUUUGAAGUUUAUUGCUCAAAGGGUGCUGUCUUCACUUACAACCAUGUUGAUGUGGAUGGUACCAUCACUAGAGGAGGAUUUUCCACUUACGUUGUUGUUCACGAGAGGUACUGCUUCAAAAUACCAAAAGAUUACCCAUUAGCAUCGGCGGCGCCAUUGUUGUGUGCUGGGAUUACUGUUUACUCCCCAAUGGUUCGCCACAAGAUGAACCAACCUGGAAAAUCACUUGGUGUGAUCGGGCUCGGAGGUCUGGGCCACAUGGCUGUCAAGUUUGGGAAGGCUUUUGGUCUGAAUGUGACUGUAUUCAGCACCAGCAUAUCCAAGAAAGAGGAGGCCCUGAAUCUGCUUGGAGCUGACAAAUUUGUGCUCUCAACUAAUCAACAAGAGAUGCAGGAAGUAUCGAAGUCAUUGGACUUCAUAAUUGACACUGCAUCAGGGGCUCACCCAUUUGAUCCAUACAUGUCUCUGUUGAAGACUGGGGGUGUCCUUGUCUUGGUGGGUGCCCCCAGCGAAGUGAAGCUCAGUCCCAUGAGCCUUCUUCUCGGUAUGAAAUCAAUCUCGGGGAGUGCGUCAGGUGGUACAAAGGAUACAAAAGAAAUGCUAGAGUUCUGUGCUGCCAAAAAGAUUUACCCAGAGAUCGAAAUCAUCCCGAUUCAGUACGUGAAUGAAGCUAUCGAGAGGUUGAUAAAAAGCGACAUCAAGUACCGUUUCGUGAUCGACAUCGAGAACUCCUUGAAGUGAAAGACAAUCCUCAAGAAACUUGCCAACUUUGCUCUGUGCAGAAUAUCUCAUCUUAUCAUGUCCUAAUAGUAGCUAUUUUAGUCUCAAGUAAAGUGAACAAGUCAUCCCUUCGACAUGAAUCUGAGGUUCAUUGAGUCCCGAUACGGUUUAUUUUCUUUUGGCUUUCCAUGUUUCGGGUUUUUUCGGUUUGCGCUUUCAUUUUCCUUGAUCCUAAUAGUUCUAAUAGCCUAAUAAGCUGCAUUGUAUCCUUAGCAGUGGAAUUGCAAUGUUUCUUUUGUUUC